CAUGCCCCCUCCAAGUCUCAACUAUCAAGAGCUACCAUAGCACGGCCCAUUGCUUGCCGGAGCCCUUCUUCCCCGCUGGAAAAUCAGCCGGCCGACCGUCCGCCACAAGCGAGCAGCCAGCAUGCCGGACAGCAGCGGCGCCACCGUGCUGGACGACCUCCCCAAGUGUCUCGUCGCCGACGAGAUCCUGGUCCGGCUGUCGCCCAAGCACGUGCUCCGCUGCCGCGCCGUCCAAAAGUUGUGGCGCGCCGUCACUUCCACCGACAAGUUCAUCCUCGACAACCACCGCCGCCAGCCGUCGCUCCCCAUCAUCCAGCGACACAAAGAGGGCAUCUCCCGUUUCGCCGCCGCCGGAGAUCACAAGAUAUGGCCCGUCAUCCGGUACACCCGCCGCCAUACAGCUUCCAACUUCUCCACCAUACACCACGCCGCCUGCGAUGGCCUCCUCAUCCUGUCGCGGCACUCCAGCUUCUACAUCUGCAACCCGGCCACCCGCAAGUGCGCUUCCUUGUCACAUCCUCCACUGCGGCCAGGAUUCAGCGCCGCCACCGUCGUCGCCUUCUACCGGCACCAAUUGUCCGGAGAGCACCGCGUGCUCUGGGCGAUAUACUCGGCACCCAUGGCGAGGGGCGCCGCGGUCAAGCCGCCUGCUUACUUCGUCCUCCCGGUGGGAUCGGACCAGCCAAGAUGCGUCCAAUGGCCGGCAGUUUUAGAGAUUUUUCCGGCUACCCGGUCCUCUGACCAUCCACCAGUACACUAUCGUGGUGGCCUGCACUGGGCACUGGGCCUUAGCAUAACGGUAUUCGACACCGUGACCGAGACAUUCCGGCAGAUGAGCCACCCGGCACAGUUGCCAGGUGACAUGGUGUUAUUGUUCGAUCUUGGUGGCGACCUUGCUUUGGGCCGCACGUCCGGUGACUGCGUCACUCUAGACCUGUGGGUGCUGCAGGAGUAUGAUGCCGAGACGUGGGCAUUUCGAUACCGGAUUGACUUGCGGGUGAUGGAGGCAUCACCGCCGCUUAAUUUGAGUGUGAAGCAUGACCCUGUGAUGGCUGUGGUCAAUGGCCGUGAGCUGUUGAUCCAGCAUGGUCCUUACCGUCUAUUGCACUGUGGCAUUGAUGGUGUGUUUUUAGGAAAUGUGGAAAGCAAAGACAAUGCAAACAUUUUGAGUCAGUUUGCAAAACCUUUGACACUCACUAGGCAUCGCCUCCAGGAGAGCAUGAUUUCGCUUCCAUUGUUUGAGACGCGACAAAAAGAUGCCGUGAACGAGGAGCCUCCGUUCACCAUACUUCUAUAAGAUGCCGUGCUCCUAUCUAUAAUACUUUGGACUCCUUGCUUGCUGUGCCGCUGGAGUGUCUUAUCCCAUAUAUGGGCCAUGUUCUUACUAUGUCGUAGUAGAACUGAACUAUUAGGACUGAGGAGGUGGCGCUUGUGCUAUCAACAUUUGGUACUUGUUAUGCUAUCUUCAGUAUAAUGUAUAUGUUAUAAACAAAACAAUGGAGCUUAUAUGCUUUA